AUGGCCCUGUUGGGUGCAGUGUGCCCCUGUUGGGUGCAGUGUGCCCCUGUUGGGUGCAGUGUGCCCCUGUUGGGUGCAGUGUGCCCCUGUUGGGUGCAGUGUGCCCCUGUUGGGUGCAGUGUGCCCCUGUUGGGUGCAGUGUGCCCCUGUUGGGUGCAGUGUGCCCCUGUUGGGUGCAGUGUGCCCCUGUUGGGUGCAGUGUGCCCCUGUUGGGUGCAGUGUGCCCCUGUUGGGUGCAGUGUGCCCCUGUUGGGUGCAGUGUGCCCCUGUUGGGUGCAGUGUGCCCCUGUUGGGUGCAGUGUGCCCCUGUUGGGUGCAGUGUGCCCCUGUUGGGUGCAGUGUGCCCCUGUUGGGUGCAGUGUGCCCCUGUUGGGUGCAGUGUGCCCCUGUUGGGUGCAGUGUGCCCCUGUUGGGUGCAGUGUGCCCCUGUUGGGUGCAGUGUCACCAAAGCUUGGUCAAUGGAGUAAUCAUGUAUGCUGCAGCCCAACUUUUGUGGUGCCCGUCUCGCUGUUCCUGAGCUAG